CUGUAGCUCUAUAAACCGGGGCUUGUAUUUGCAAACAUACUUCGGUGCGCAAUCCUCGCCAGCAUGAUCAAGAAAAUGUCACCUUCUGAGAAUGACUUUAACAUCCCGGCCAAAAACUGCCACCGAAUGGUAAUUCUGGGGUCUACAAAAGUUGGUAAAACGGCCAUCAUCUCCCGGUUUCUGAAUGGUAAAGUCGAGGACCAGUACACACCAACUAUCGAGGACUUUCACAGGAAAUUGUAUAGCAUUCGGGGAGAUGUAUACCAGUUAGACAUUUUGGACACAUCUGGAAACCAUCCCUUCCCUGCUAUCAGGAGACUAUCUAUUUUAACUGGUGAUGCUUUCAUCCUGGUGUUCAGUCUGGAUAACAGAGACUCAUUUUACGAGGUACAGCGCCUGAAGCGUCAAAUUUAUGAGACCAAGUCCUGUCUCAAAAACAAAACCAAGGAGAAUGUAGAUGUCCCAAUUGUUAUUUGCGGGAACAAGUGUGACCGGGAGUUUAACCGGGAAGUUCAGAAUGAGGAGAUUGAGCAGCUGGUGGCUGGUGACAAACAAUGCGCCUACUAUGAAAUCUCUGCAAAACGGAACACAAAUGUUGACCAAAUGUUUCAGACUCUUUUUACCAUGGCCAAACUGCCCAACGAGAUGAGCCCAGACUCUCACCGUAAAGUUUCCUUACAGUACUGCGAAGUCCUGCAAAACAGCAGUAGAAAGUCGUUCAGAAAUAAGAAAUGCAAAGACAAUGAGGCAUACGGGAUUGUGGCACCAUUUGCGCGGCGACCAAGCUUGCACAGUGACUUGAUGUAUAUCAAAGAGAAAGCUACUGGCUGCAGUCAGGGAAAAGAGAAAGACAGAUGCACCAUAUGCUAA